AUGAGUUCAUUUGAUAAAAUAACGCCAUCGGCAACAUCAGAAAAGGGUACAGGAACAGGAACUACUACUUCUUAUCCCGCUACUUCUCCUGUCUCACCGAAGACUCCUGUAACAACAAAUUCAGCAAAUGGAAGUAAAAAACAAGAAGUACGUGCUCAAUUCAUGGAUGAUGACUACACUCCAAUAAUGAAUAACAAUAGUCACAGAAGUAGCAACAGCAAUAGCAACAACAAUAACAACAAUGGUUCUAUGGAUUCCUCUACUGAUAAGAAAAAAAUAUCCCAUGUAGGGGGAAACAUCAAGUUAGCAUCAUCCCCACUCUUAUCAUCUACACCACCUUCCAUUUCAAGAUCUUUGCUCAAAUUAUAUCCAUUUUUAAUUAUAUUAGAUGAAUGGCUAAGUAUCAUUACAUGGACUGAUGAAAAUAUUUGGAAAUCAAAUUUAAUGGUUUUAGUUUACAUCUUUAUGUGUAUCUAUUUCCAAGUGUUAAUCAAAUAUUUUGGUCAUUUGAUUAUCGUUUCUUUGCUUUUGUCAUAUUGUCAAAUUGAUAAAUUGAUUCAAUGGAAUUUACGCAAAAACACGAAUGAAAACAUAAGUAAUCACCACGAUGGCCACGACAAAGAUAAUGAUCAGCAUAGCACAAAUAUGGAGAUACAGAAUGGAAACGAUAAUGAUAUUGUUUUUGAAACAGGACCAAAUUUAGAAACAAUUAUCAAAUUGAUGAACUCAGUAUCAUUAAAAUUCAACAUUUGUUUAUCACCACUUUAUAACUUCAAAGAAGAUGAAAUUAAAAGAUUGUUUUUCACAAUGAUAAUAUUAUCACCAAUUUAUCUCUUAAUUAACAUAUUCGUCUUAUCGGCAAAUAAAUCCAUCCUAUUGUUUGGACUAUUUUUAAUCACUUACCAUUCCCCCGCGGCAAAAGUUACAAGAAGAUUACUAUGGAAAUUCAAAUUUGUUAGGUUAUUAAUAUUUUAUAUUACAGGGUUAGAUUUAGGUGGGAUUAAUAAAAAAGAUAAGAAAAAGGGUAUACUUUCUGUGGUUCAUAAACAAGUUCAAAAAUUAUCAUCAUCAACUCAUACUCAUAAAGAUCAUAAUCACAAUUUCACAAGCGAUGAUGAGUUUGAUGAUGAUAAGCAAGAAAACUUACAAUAUGACGUAUUGGCGAUGGAUACAAAACCAAUUAGGUUUACUUAUGUCUUGUAUGAAAAUCAACGUCGUUGGUUAGGUAUUGGUUGGAAACAAAGUAUGUUAAGUUAUGAAAGAACUCCAUGGACUGAUGAAUUUUUAAAUGAAGCUCCCUCUCCUGAAAAUUUCAAUUUACCAAACGAUGAAGAAAAUGCUGAUGAAAUCACGGAGAGUAACAAUCAUUUCAAAAUGGUUUGGAAAUGGGUAGAUAAAACUUGGAGAUUGGAUUUAACGAAUGAUAGUGCCAUUGAAGUUCCAAAUACAAAACCUAAGACUACGGCAAAUCCAGGAUUAGAUGAUGGGUUCAUCUAUUAUGAUAAUACUUGGAAGAAACCGUCCAUUGAAGAUUCAUAUUCUAAAUAUACAAGAAGAAGAAGAUGGAUUAGAACAGCAGAAUUAAUUAGAGUCCCCAAAAAAGUUGAAAGUAAUACUAGAAAUAAUAAAAGAAAUAGUAGUAACUUACCCAAUGUUGCCAUUGAGAAGGUAAAACCAUUAGAACAGGAAAAAAACAAGAAUAAAAAUGAUGCUGAUGAAGCUGAUGCGAUGACUGAGCAAAUAGCAAAAAGGCACACAAGUGAGUCUGGAAGUAAUGAGAAGAUGCGUGUAUCUGAAAUCGGGAUAUCAUCUAGUACAGACUACCAAGAAAAUUCAUCAAAAGCAGGGGAAGAUGAUGGAGAGUAUAAACUCACAUCUUCGAAUAAUAAAUCUCGCCAAACAAAUAAGCUUGAGAAAUGGUUGAGUGACAUGAACGAUGAAAGAGAUAAUUCUGAUAUGGGAAAGAAAGAUUCAUGA